CUGCCGCACCUGAACCGCCUCCUCUGGAACAAAAAAUCUGAUGAUCGCAGAUUGUGGAUUGGAAAUUUGGACACAUGUGUGAGUGAGUAUCAACUACUGAAAAUUCUCGAAAAACACGGACGCAUGGAAAAGUUUGAUUUGCUGUUUCACCGCUCUGGACCCCUGGCAGGCCAACCCCGAGGGUACGCAUUCGUCACCUACGCGACCGUUGAGCAGGCCGAGAUGAUGAGGGCAGCUAUGGAUGGCAAGAAAAUUGGAUCGAAACACAUUGCUGUGAGAUGGGCACAUAAAUUAACUCUUGUAAGUGUACUUGCAGAACUUCUUUUCUGUAAUUCUAACUUCAAGUUUGCAGAGCUGUCCUGUAUGAUCAGAAAGCGAGGUAUGGAUAACCUCAACGUUAACCUUCCCCAAGUCCAGAUCGGUGCAUACUACAUCUAUUGA